AAGACAAUGGAGUAAGUAGCAAGAAAUUAUUUCUUUCUAAAAGAAUGGUCAAACAAGAAAAACAUAGAAUUUCUAUAAGUUCCAAAGCCAAAUCCAAAUUUCUCUUCAUCUAGCUACUGGUUGUUCUUGUAUAUCUCCUUUAUUGCUCACUCCAUUAAGUUUCAUGGUAAAUAUACACAGAUAUGGCUGUUGAAUUCUAUGAUUUUGGAUCUUACAAGAUCCAUCAUAGUUCAGUGUUUCAUACAACUGAUCUUUCUUUUGCUUUUGUCAACCUUCGUCCCGCAGUCACUGGUCAUGUUCUUAUAUGUCCAAAGCGUGAAGUGAAGCGCGUUGCUGAUCUUACUGAUGAUGAGAAUAUUGAGUUAUGGCGUAUAGCGCAUAAACUUGGUAGACAACUUGAGAGUUAUCAUAAUGCAUCCUCACUUACAUUUUGUAUCCAAGAUGGACCUCAUGCUGGACAAUCAGUUCCUCAUGUUCAUAUUCAUAUUCUUCCUAGGAAAAAUAGUGAUUAUGAAAACAAUGAUGAUAUUUAUGAUGAGAUAAAUGAAAAGGAGAAGGAAUUGAAAAAGAAGUUAGAGGUGGAUAUAGAGAGGAAAGAUAGGAGCCUUGAAGAAAUGGCAAAAGAGGCUGAUGAAUAUAGGAAAUUUGUACUUUGAAAGUGGCAAGAGAAAAUAUAUGAAGAGUUAGUAAAUCUGGAUAAGAAAAUAUUGAUAAUAAAGGAAUAAAAUUGUUUGGAAAAUUGACAUAAGAAAAUAUUGAUAGUAAUUGUUUAUGUCAUUUGAAUAUAGAUUAUGAAAGUUUAAAACUCAAGAAAUUGGAAUUGGUGUGUUUCUUCUUAGGCUAGUUUUGGUAUUGCUCUGUCAUGGGUGAAAUCAAGUAAUAUGAAGUUCAUGAUGUGUGGAUGGUUGUGAAAAUAAACUAAAGUUGUUUUUUUUUUUUUUUUACGGUAAAAUAAACUAAAGUUAUUGUGUUUUGUUUGGGUAGCAUUUUUCAAUCGAAAAGUUAAUUCAAUUUGUAAAUUUAUAUCAAAAUAAUAUUAUAAUUAUAAUUAAUUUAUAUAUAUACUAUAAAUUCUUAAAUUUUUUUUUUUUUAAUAAUAUGUUUUGUGCUUUU